UCAGCUGUAUUAGGAAAUAAACAAUCUUACAAUUAUUACCUGUAUGCAUGAGGAUUGGAAGAAUUUCAGAGGUGAUUGAGCACGUCCUCGUUACACACGAUAACUUAGAGCCUAAAGGGAAACUAAUAUUUGAGUAUUCAAGUCUUGAAAGCAUCAGAGCUAUUAAAAAUGAAGACAGCCGUGAAGUUCUCCAGCCCUGGCAACAACGUUGUCACUGCACUCCUCAUUAUUUUGACUGUUUGCUGCCCAGUGACUCUGGAUAUAAACUGGACAUGGCACAAGAUUCUGUCGAUGAUCAAUUCACAGGCUGCGAGAAUAAAAUGUUCCAGCUGAUUACAAAAGAGAUUCUACCUAAAGAGUUCAAAUAUGAUGCAAAUUUUACUAGAGCUUGGAACGAAUACCAGAACAUUCAGAAUGAUUUUAAAAGGAUAAUAAAAGUCUACACAUCUCCUACUGGGUCUUAUUCAAAGCUUAAUGAUGCUGUGGGCUCAGGAAUGCCAAAAUAUAAAACACAUUUCAAUUAUAAAGCCUACCAUUUCUUGCUUACACGCGCCAUACAAACAUAUCAAUUGAAGAACUGCACUGAUGUUUCCCGUUCGACCACCGUUAAUUUUGAUUCAGCUAAGCCUGGUCAGCAGAUGAGAUUUGGCAGGUUUGCAUCAACUACACUUAAAUCUAACUUGCUUGGAUUUAGUACAAGCACCUGUUUUAAGAUUAGGACCUGCUUUGGUGCAUACAUAUCCAGUAUGUCUGUGUUCCCUAAUGAGGAAGAGGUAAUCCCACCUUAUGAAAAAGUCGAAAUCACAAAUGUUAUGUAUAACACAACGAAUUGCAGGAUCGUUUACAUUCUAAAGAGCAGUGGCAAAUUUAGUAAUAUGAAGUGUGCGCUGCUAAAAAAAAGAUUUUUUAAAUAAAACGCACAGCUUGUUUGAAAUGCUCCUUGCAAAUUAAAAAGAACUCUUGUU